AUUACUUCAGUUCCUUUGAAUCAGAAUAAAACGUGCAGCAAACUUCAGACACAUUGGCUGCAGGCUUAACAAGCAUCGGGGCUUUUCUUCUUUCUGCAGCUUGCAAGGAUCUCUGUUUUUUGCAAAACAGUUCCAAGAAAACAAUGGCCAUCUUCUCACUAUGGGCAACUUUUGGAUUAUGUUUGCUGAAGCUUUGUCUAACAGAAACACAAUUCAAUGUAAGUUGCAGAUAUGGAGGAGUUUUUCAUGUUGAGAAAAACGGUCGCUACAGCCUCACACGAUCUGAAGCAGUCGAACUCUGCAAAGCUCUCAAUAGUACGUUGUCAACACUAGAGCAGUUGAAGAAAGCUCACGAACUUGGAUUUGAAACUUGCAGAUAUGGUUUUGUAGUGGGGAAUAUUGUUAUCCCACGAAUCAAUCCCUAUCAUCUUUGUGCAGCAAAUCAUACUGGCAUUUACAAACUUUCAACAAACACCACUGGUCGGUAUGAUGCAUACUGUUACAAUGCAACAGAAACAAGGGACAAAGCGUGUGAGCCAGUUGAAAGACUAAAUUCUUCUUUCCUCGAUAAUCAUGAUGAAAUAGUCAUUGACAAUGCAGAUGGCUCACGUUAUAAUGCAGAUGGCACACGUCAUAGCGGGGAGUCCUCAACUUCAGGUGCGGAUGAUGAAAAUGUAGGUAGUGGAUCAACACAUGACACAACUCCCAUGGAUACCUCCAUCAGGAGAUCCAGCCCCUCAUACUAUGGAAGUGCUACUCCAGUCUCACAGCUGCCAGAUCAUUCUUCUGGAGGGGGUGAAAAAGAAAUUCCUAGAAAAGAUUCUGAUGAUGAAGUUUCUCCUGUAGCACCUGACAUGUCUUUGGUGACUGCAGCUGACGAUUUCCCUGAAAAAGACGGUGGACAUUAUCCUGCAAGUACUACAGGGCAUUCUGCAGAUGUGACCUCAAGUGGCAAUGGUUCAGAUGACGAAGACUCUUCGGAGGAGACAAUUUACACAACAGUGUUUCCAGGCUGGGACAGGAGUGUGGCCAAGGACGAAUAUGCUCCAAUCACUACAGCUGUGGACUCGCAACACGGAACACUUCUGGAACUCUCCACACAAGAUCAUUGGAACCCCGCUUAUACAGACGAAGAGGAGCAGUAUCCUAGCUCUGCUGGUAGGGCACUAGUUACAAGUGAAAAUGAAAAACGCCGAGGACCAACCCAACACCCACUAUUACACAGUGUUCAUUCUUGGUGGAUGAGUCAAGAACAAAAUCCUGCAUAUACCACUGGGAAUAUUGAACAACAUGAAUUUACUGUUGCAGGUGAAAAUUAUAUCGAAAAGGAAUCUUCUCAAACAGCUAUGGCCUCCAACCGUGGAGCCAAACAGAAUGACACAGCGCAAGACCCAUUGGUGUAUCCAGGUUGGGACAAGGGAGAGGAUUAUGCUACACAACCUGCUAUAACAGAUAGAAUUAUUCCUUCCAGAGAGAAUAAUCAUGAAAAAGACUCUUCCUCUACAGCUGAUUUAAUCAUCAUGGUAACAGUUAUUGCCUUUCCUGAUGGUGCCCACCAUGAAGACCCAACUCAGCCACCUCUGCCUUCAGAGAGUGAACCAGGACAGGGCAAUGAAGGCAUCACACAUCCCACAGACAGCCCUGGGGGUGAGGUCCUCCACAGGGCCACACUCAGUACGAGCAACGCUGGUGAUGACUCUCCUCUGACAAGUACCAUCACAGAGUCCGUGGAUGAUGUUAACCGAGAGAAGGCAACCAAGGAGCCACUGGCAGCUGGCAAUCCACCUGGAAGUAAAAGUGAAAAAGCAAACACCACAGAAGGUUCCCAUGUCAGUUGGAUACCUGGAGUUUUUCCAGACAUUGAAGAUCGUCUUAACCAAUUGCAGACCCCUCUUCCUACUAGACCUACCUCCAGUAUAUACGGUGAUCAAGGACCACACAAGGGACAUUAUGAAUCCACUACGUUCCCUGGAGAGACCACAACAACAAAAGUAGUUUCACAACUAAGGUUGGCACAGGUACCAGAAUGGCUGAUCAUAGUUGCUGCUCUUGUGGCACUUGCAUUGAUUCUUGCGGUGUGCAUUGCUGUUAACAGUCGGAGAAGAUGUGGUCAGAAGAAAAAGCUAGUGAUUAACAAUGGCAAAGGGGCAGUGGAGGACAGAAAGACAAGUAGAUUAAAUGGUGAUGCCAGCAAAUCACAAGAAAUGGUGAACUUGGUUCAUAAAGAACAGUCAAAUGACCAAACAGGAGCAUGUGAUGAAUUCCUGACUGUUAAUGAAACACAGAAUCAUCAGGAUCUUGACAUGAAGAGUGGAGUCUAAUGAUACCAAGCUGCCAAAUAGCUCAGAGCUGGGGAAAUCAAAAUCACAUGGAACUUUGACAGGAAUUCACAGAUGCACUGUGCUAUUGAUGUCUUUUGAACAUAAUUAAACAUAAGUUUUAUUAAUUUUUAAUCACUUUAAAAUGAUGUCUGAGUUACAAAAUUGACAUGUUCUUUUUGAAAUAAGCCCCCAAUAGUUGCAUAAUGUUUUCAGUUCCCAGUUCCUAUAUAGACGACACUCACUGUGUCCUGGGUGUUAGGAGGGAUACAAGUUUAUGUCAUUUUUCCCCAGAUGGAGGGUCUUCACUGUGUAGAACUACAGAAGUAUCCCAGGCACUUAAGAUACUAAACUUGCCAUGGUACAAGAAUAAGUGAGGAAUGAAUGUCAAAAGCAGAAAUCAAGCUUAAACCAAGAAAGUCUCCUAUACAGUGUCUAAAACAUCAGAAUCCUUCAGAAAUGCCUUCCAGCCAGGAAAAUCGGUAGGUGCAUUCAGAGUCUGCCAGUAUUAAAAAAAAAAAAAAAAAAAAAAAAAAAAAAAGUGACAUUUUAUAAUUAUUUAUGGCUUGGUUUGCAAUGAGGGAAACCCAGAAGGACAAAAUUUAUUUAUCUCUAUUUUUAAAUGUCUAUGGGUAUACAGCAAGUCUUCUUGGGAGGGGGAAUAAAGAGAUGAAAACAUGAAUUGAUAGAUAAUAAACUUCCAUACUUUAUUAUCCUAACAAUCUGUACAGUUAUCCUUGAGUUUUUGAGGUAUUCAUUGCUGUUCCCGCUCCCUCCUUCAUAGGUCAGUUUGUGCAUGUUUUUAAUGAGUCUGUUAGGAUAAUGAAUAAAACAGAAUGACCCCAGCUCUAUCACACAUGCACAAAUCAAGCAACUGGAGAUCAUUAGGGAAGAUGACGAUAUUUUAUUCCGGAAGAAUAAGUCUCUCUCUUCUUCUGCUCCAUUUUACUUAGGAGAUGUUGCCUAGUAAAACUUGUUUCCCCUGUAACUACUAUGUUACACCAGUUUGUUGAUAUUUUAAAAGUUGCCUUUCUAUGGCCUUGCUCUCUUCCUCCGAAUUCUAUUUUAUCCAAGUGUUUUCCUCUUUUUUUUUUUUUUUUAAUACCCAAAGAAAUAUUGCUUGCUAAUUGGUACCAGAAGUUCAAAUUCUACAGAAAGGAUCAAAGAAAAUGUACGGAAACUCUCCCGGCCAUGUAAUAUAGUAAAGUAGCUGCAGCUGCAUUGUUACAUGCUUUUGUUUUGUCCUUAUGUGUCUGUUAUGUAAAAUAUUUCUAUUAAGCUAUGAUGCUGUGCAUUAUAUUGAUAUGAACUGUCAGAAAGAAAAUUAUUUACUACCAGUGUUCUGUGCCAUUUUUAAGAAAAUGUAUUGUAAUGGAGGGAGAAUGAUAACUUCUGAUUGGGCUGACUCAAGAAAAUGCAAGUAAAGGCAGUCUAAGGUAACUGCA